AUGGCAGACACCGAAGCUGACAGCGCGCCCGUUGCCAUCUUCAAGAAGCGAGGCGCAAAGGGCAAAGCGAAUAUCCGCAAGAGACCAGCCACACCUCCCCCAGCCGCGAGCGAUAGCGACAGCGACUAUUCAUCCUCAGAAGAUGAAUCUGGACAGCGGGUAAAGAGGCGGAAGAAGACAGCCGUUGUCACAGCUACAGCAAGGGGAGCUGCAUCUACCAACAAAGACACAUCUGCCGUCAUCUACACGGCCGACAGGAGCGUGCCUAUCGCCGACUCCAACGACGCGACGAAACACAGUAACUGGUAUGACGAGAAUGCAAAGGAUGCCCUGUCAACCAAGAAUCUUCUCGGAUCGGCGGCCAGAGUGCCUAAAGAUGGUCAGCCCGACGGCACGUACAAGGGACUGGCAAACCAGGCGACUUUUAUACAGAAAAACCCAGACGCUCCCCGGAAGACGGUCGGCCCUAUCAAGGCACCCACGAACAUUCGCACAGUUACGGCAGUAGAGUAUAAUCUUGGCAUUUGUAAAGACUAUCGAAAGACUGGCUCGUGCGGCUUCGGGGACGGGUGCAUUUACCUUCACGAUCGAUCCGAUAUGAAACAGGGCUGGCAGCUGGAUUUAGAAUGGGAAAAAGUGACCAAAGGCAAAAAAAAUCUCGGAGGAACGGUGGUUGCUAGUGCGAACCGGGACCAAGCAAAAGAAGAAGAAGACGACGACGAAGACUGGGCACUUUUGGAGACUAUUCCGUGGGCCUGCCCUAUAUGCGAGGAAUCUUACAAGGAGCCUAUAGUCACGCGCUGUGGACACUAUUUCUGCCUGCCGUGUGCUCUACAGAGAUACAAGAAGGAUCCAUCUUGUGCGUCCGCAGCAAGCUCGAAAUCCGCCAAAGAUAGGCUACAAGCAACAAUGAAUUACCUCUACUCCACGGUCAACACUCUGCGUGACCGCUACACGCCGGUGACGCAUACAUCGACCUUUCGCAACACGGGCCAGAUCACUCCCGAAGAGUUUGUAGCAGCGGGCGACUACCUCGUCUACAGGUUUCCGACCUGGUCUUGGAGCGAUGCCGACUCCGAGGCCUUGCGCGUCAGCUAUCUGCCUGCCGGGAAACAGUUCCUCGUCACCCGAAACGUACCGUGCCACCGCCGGCUAAACGACGACUUUGCCGGCGAUGCUGGGCACGAAGAGUCCGUCGUUAACGACGGUGACGACUUUAAGAGCAAGGGCGAUGUUGACGACGAUGGUUGGCUUCGGACGGGAGGGCUGGCUAGCUCGCAGCCGCUCAAGGCGCGAGAGGUUAAGACAGUAGAUGAUGCGGGCAACGUUGGCGACGACGAUCUAUAUGGGCUGGACGACGAUAUUCCUGAUAUGGAAGAUGAGGAGGAAGACGAUGCUGUUCUUCGUAUCGAACCUGGCAACACCGCCCGCCGCACUUACAACCUCUACAUUAUGUAUACACCUUACUACCGAACGCCACGACUCUACCUUUCUGGCUACCAGGGCAAUGGCCACCCUCUGCCACCCAUGAAGAUGAUGGAGGAUAUUGUCGGCGACUACAAGGAUAAGACGGUGACGCUCGAGGAGUUUCCCUUCUUUGCCAACCACGUCAGGAUGGCUAGCGUGCACCCUUGCAAGCACGCUCCCGUGAUGAAGUCGCUGCUGGAUCGUGCUGAUGCCGCGUUGCGUCUCCGCAGAGAGAAGUUGCGUGCGAGCAAGAAGCAGUCUGUGGAUGGCAAGGACGUGGAGGGCCUGACGAGCGAGCUGGGUAACCUGGACGUCAAGGGCGCUCAAGAUGCUGCCGACAAGGACGAGUGGGAAGAGGUGCAAGAGAAUGAGGUGGACGACCAAGAGGUGGCUAUUCGAGUGGACCAGUACCUGGUCGUAUUCUUAAAGUUCAUGGCCAGCGUCACACCUGGAAUCGAGCACGAUUUCACCAUGGGUGUCUAA